AUGAUACACGUCGAUCAACUGUAUGGAUACUCAAUCAUUGUGUUGGCCGCCGCGCCAAUGGCCACACAAUUGGCGAUUGCUGAUAUACGAUGGAUAUUCUUCUACCCAAUAUUCGCUAUCCCUGCUAUCACUCUCAUGAUGACUAUCGGACACUUAUCGAAAUCCGCGGCGGUUCAAACUUUCAGGAAAUUGGCGCCUAUCUCGGCAGGCAUCGGCUGGGCGCUCACCUGGCAUGUCGCCGAGAAACUGUAUUCCGAAUCGCUCCGUGCCGUCCAAAUGUUUCUCUACAUCCUCUACUCAAUCCGUCCGACACUCUCAUGGGCGGUCUCUUGUGAGCACUCAUUCAACUCGGAGUACUGCCACGACUUCGAUGACCCGAAUGUGACAAGAACGGAUGGUGGUAAGAUGUAUCACUAUCCGGACAACUUUUGGCCAGCUCAGGAAUUUAAUAAAUUCAAAAUCCGUCACAACUCGAUGAUAACGAAGAUGCCUGUAGCAUGGGAACCGAAUGCAUGGUACCUUGGGGAGAAGGAUGCUCCAUUCGAAUGGGGUAUUCCGUCGAUCCCUUUGGUCACUGGACACCUAAUGACGUGGAUUGUGAUCUACAUGGUUCUCACUAAAUUCUACGACCGUCUGGGCGAUAUUCUUGUGAAAAUCUUUAUUCUGAUCCCUGUCUUACUGUAUAUCGUUGUGAUAAUUGGACUCACGGGAUUCGGAUUUCAUUUCACUACGGCCGAUAUUCAGAAGACUCUUGACGACAUGAUUAUUAGUCUGGAUCCACAAGAUUUUUGGGCUAAUAUGAGGGGCGCAUUCCGUACCUCUCUCCUCGUCGUCGACUACUCCACCGCCUUCACCGGUUUCAUUCUUUUGGCGACAAGUCGGCUAAGAAGUGGUGUCAACGGCCUAAAUGCACUUAUUCUGAUGCCAAUGAUGAUGUGCGUCCCCACUAUGCUUACAUUAAUCCGUUUGGGGUGUGAAGGCCACGUGGCGGAUCUGCAACCCAACUACCAUAUCUACGCCUCUACUGAGGAGACAAUCUCGUUUGAUCUACUGCCUGUGUGCUUCGCCACGUCACACUUGGGUCCCGUAUGGUCGACGCUCUAUUUUACGGCACACUAUUUGUAUAGCUCGUUGGGACCAAUGCUGAUCUACACCACAUUCAUCUACCAAUCCUUCAUCGACGACUUCCCCAUCGUUCAAAACUCUCCAAAACAGUGUAUCGGAAUGAUAGCCCUCGCCUUCUUCAUCCCAUCACUAGUACUCUACAUGCCGCUCGGCUCAAAAAUCGCCACAUUCUUCCGCUACAUCUCGCAAACCUCGUUCACCGACAUCACAAUUUUUAUUUUGGUCUUUUUUGUAUACGGAUGGCACAAAAUCGAGCAGGACGUGCUGAUGACGUCACCAAGUACGACGCGGCCAUCGAUUCUCGAGUAUUUCAUCCAUCCGACUAGUCCGAUUUGGACCACUUUGCAGUUCACAGUGGUCCCCAUGUUGCUAUGUGCCAAAUUUGCCGGUGUCUUUGAUUUCCUCCGGCGCGGGCACGAUGUUCAUCAACAUGUUGCUGUGGGCGUGGCCUUCCUGCCGAUUCCUCAGUGGCCGCGAUUUUUGAUUGGAUACAUGAUCAUGUUCGCUCCAUUGAUAAUUAUGUUGAUUGGCGCCGCACUUACAGUAUACCAGAUGGUGGUGAAGCAUGGAUUGACGUGGAAGGACACUUGGAAGCCUUCGCCCGACUGGAUGUCUCACGCAUCGGUCAACCCGAAUAAGCCACGUGUCCACUCAUUGGCUUACGGUAUUCUAAGUCGUUUGGUGUUCAAAAAGAUCUCAUAUAAAACUGGCAUGUUCUCUCUCUGGCUGUUCGAAUCGUUCAUCGGAAUCCUCUUGGUUGUUUUGUUCUUUUUGAAUACGGUCAUGAUUUCCACUGGUCUCCAUGAAUCUGGAUACCCGGGAAAUGUGGCAAACGAGUAUCGAAGUGCCAUGUUGCUUAUUCUGGUGUUACUUCAUAUUUGGGCAUUAGUCGACAUGCGGAAAGCUCAACAAUAUGCACAAAUUGAUGGAGAGAGAUUAAAUUUCUACAUCGCCGUUGCCACCAUGGAAAUGGCAAUGCUCAAUGGCUAUAUGUGGAUGUAUGCAGAGGAUCAUGAUUUCGGGACGGAUCUGCCGCCGCUCUUGUUCUUGUUGGGUAAUACAGUGAUCCGUGGUUCGUGUAUCCUCCUGGCGAUCGCCAUCCGUGCCCACUCCAUCGAACACAGUCGCCCAUCGAAUACCCGGGAGGCGUCAGAAGUGGAUCCAGAAGACUUGGCACGUGGCAAUCGACAAGCCGGCGAAGUGAGCGGAGUCGACGGUGAAGACGAUGAGGAUGACGACGAUUCUCCGGUGAUUUUUGAUCUGGCUCAUGUUUAG